UCAGAAGGAGUUUGUCCGGUUCCUGCUGGCAACACCCCCCAAGUCCGAGCUGCGCUGUCAGUGACUCCUGUCUGUGCCAGUGUGCCAACCUGCCAGGGGUGAAGAUGCUGCGCUCCAGCGCAGGGGGAGCGUCCCUGAAAGGCUGCGACUCUGAGGACCCAUCAGGCCUUCAAGCUAAUCUGGAAGGUGCCAGCCUGAAAGGAGUGGCCAUGGAGGGCAGUCAGAUGACAGGAAUUACCCUCCGAGUUGCAAAGUCAGCUGGGAAUUUGGGGGAUUGCUGGCUUUUGGCUGACCUCUCCAGCUUCAGCCUACAAUGGAGUUCAGGUUGUGACCUCCAGGAAGCCAAUUUGAGGGGCUCUGAUGUGAAAGGAGCCAUCUUUGAAGAGAUGCUGACCCCCCUGCACAUGUCCCAGAGCGUCAGAUAGGGAAGAGAAGACGUCGAAGAGGAAGGAUUCCAAACAUUUGUUGUGAUUUUCUUCACCUCCUCCCCUUCCUGAGUUAGAAGGAACGGUUAUUAGACAACUUCCAUUUGCAGUAGUGCCUAAGUAGACUCUUUCUGAUCACUUUUGGGGAGGGAGUUUUUGUUUCAGAGGUGGAAACAUGAGGUUUCUCCCUUUGUGAAGAGAGUGAGGAAGUGGGCUGGUUCUGAAACCAGAAAGUGGGGCUGGUUUGGGGGGGAGGGUUCAAGACUUUCAUUGUUUAGCAUUGCCUGACUUUGGAGUGCAUUUUAAUUUCUAAAGCACAAUAUAUGCAAUUCUAUUUGUUAAGUCUGUAGCUGCAAUAUGAAUAGAAAAUGUUAUUGCUGUAUAGUAGCAAACAAAGUGGAGGUUUCCAGGUAGA